AUGGCUGCAAUGCUUGUGCGUAACGCAAUGCAGCACGCUGUGGCAUUUAUACAGCACAAGAUGUUUCCAAACUUGCCGACGUCAGCUCUUAUCGUAGCUCCGCUGACACUGAAUAGCACCUCGUCUGCGCUGUCCUCUACCCCGCUGAUUGAUGCUAUUUGGCACGCCGCCCCCAAGUCGAAGGUAACACCAUCUCGCAAGCGGAUUCGGAACAAUCAUCUAAGCAAGCGUCUCAAAAAUAUUGUACAUUUUCAGAACUGUUCCUUGUGUGGUGAGAAGAAGCUACGUCACCGUUUAUGCAUGAGCUGUUUUAAGAAAGGCAAUCGAAAAUUGAAGUAUCAGCAGCAGAUGGACGACGUCUCCAUAGGACUAGAGAUGGAGCACGAGAACGCUUCGUUCCUACAAAUGUCAGCAUCUACUACAUCAGUAGUCGAAGAAGCGUCACCAACUAAUAAAUCAGUCUCAGCUUCACUUCCAGAACCAACGUUAAAAUUACCAGCCACAGUGAAUUUAGUGCAGCCAACGCCGACGCCAAUCGCUACGCCACCAGUUGCACUUGCUACAAGCCCAGCCGACGAUCAUUUGCGUGUAUCGUAUCGGUGUAAAGCUACGAAAUGUUUUCGUCUGAAAUGGGAAUCAGAGAUGAACCCCCGAUGCCAUCGCCAGACUACAAUCGUAAUUCAGAAUGAUGUGUACAUCUUUGAUGGUUUCUAUUUAUUAUGUCAUAGCAAUCCACCUGAGGUUCCAAGGUUCGAGUACUCGCGUGAAGGUGUCAUGUGCAAAAUUCACUUUAUUCAAGAAGAUUUGCCAUCCUCCGUACGUGGGACGACAAGCGAUGAAGCUGAUGGCAACGGAGAGGCACACCGUUCCUUUUGCGACUCGCUGUUCUUGCUUCAGCGAUACGUGUUCCAGCUACUAUUGGGUAUCCAACCAUCUCACUUGUUUGGAAAAAUCUUCACCGAUCCAGAUCAUGCCACAGGUCAUGUAUCCGAGAUAUGUGGUGACUACCAUUUGGUACCACGAUUUAUUGCCGUGAAUGAAGAACCAUUGCUUCAUGUUGAAGACUUACAUUCGCCCAAUCGUGUGGGCUAUGCGGUCGGACAUUUGCUAUCGGUGCAAAAGAUAUUGGAAUAUCUUGGAAACAGCGCCAAAUUUACCGUGCGCGACUUCAUUUUGCAAUUCAACCACCGAGAGCUUGUUGACUGCAUCGUUUCCACUCGCAUCAACGGCCAACCAAGCGUUUUUCGUAUUGACGAACUUCUCAUGGAAGAAGCCCAAAAGACUGACAAGGGCAAGCUUGCUGUUACGAACCGUGGCGUUGUGACAAAAGACGGGCGCCAUUGGGUGCUUGCGGUUGCUCACCACAGCCAAGGUGCCCGCAACUACGAUGGUGCCAAGUCGAUAAAAAAGGUUCGCAAGUGGCAGAAACAAGGGCAAUUUUUACAGCUUUCACCUGAGGUUGAGCCACUUUACGAAGAGCUGCUACCGGCGGAAUGUCAUCUUACGGGUAUUCGCACUGAUCUUUUUGAGGUAGGUAGUGCAAUGCCCAUGGUGCUGAAGUAUGUGCGUCACUUCGAGUUGCUUACGAGUUUUGAGAAAACGAUGGGAAUAAAAUUCGAUGACAAGGCACUACUACGACAAGCUUUUACCCACGGAUCAUAUAUUGACGUAGGCAUGCAGAAUGUCAACACAGUCGAGGCCACUCGAUCGCGCGUCCGGCUUGGGCACGUGUUUGAGAAUGUUGCCUCACUCAAAAGAUCGCGCAAGGUAUUACUUGAUGGAGAUUCACAAAUACCUAUCAAGGCAUCAGGAAACGAUGCCUCACAAUUGCGGCAGGUCGCGGAAAAGCAUUUGUCUGGCGAGUUCAGAGAGGAGUUUCACUCUCGGUAUUUAUGCCCAUAUGAACGCCUCGAAUUUUUGGGAGACGCCGUGCUCGGCUUUCUUGUCGCAUCAUCAGCAUUUUUGAAGUUGCCGAAUGCCGGUGAGGGAUUUCUUCAUCAGACUCGCGUUGACAUCGUGAAUAAUGGUAACCUUGGCAAAAUGGCGAAAGCUGCUAACUUUGAAUCGUUGCUGUUAAGCGCAUUUGAUCUAGCAAAAUUGAAUGAAGAGCUCAAAGCGAAAAUUACGGCCGACUGCUUCGAAGCGCUUCUUGGUGCGCUUUACAAGGACCAGGGUAUUGCACCGUGCCGUGCGCUGCUGGGUUCUCUUAUGGAUUUAUACGACCCUGAGCUGCGCGAGUUAUGCUAUCUUUCAACCGAGGAGCUUAUUAAAGAGUCACAAAUUUAUGUAGAUAAAGACCGAAGUGCUAUCAAGAAGUGGAGUAAGUAUACGCAAACAUUGCUGUUGCAUCGCCGAUUUGCCGCACGUUCUGGAGUGGACAUCGCCAACACGCACUUGUGGCUGCAAGCUGUCACUCACGCAUCAUUUCAAAAGCCCCGCAUUGAUGAAGACGAAUUUAUCGGUCACGACCCAAGCUAUGAGCGCAUCGAGUUUCUUGGCGAUGCUGUGCUGCAGCUGUUGUCAUCCGAGUUCCUUGUUGAUGCUUUUCCGUACCACCAGGAACACCUUCUCACGCAAGUGCGAUCAUCACUUGUGAAAAAUACGAAGCUAGCAAUCGUUGCGCGUAAGGCUGGAUAUGAAGAGUUUAUUCGUUUGGGAAGUGAGGUCAAGAAGAGUGGGCAGUUGUAUAUUGAAGAUGUGCUAGCUGAUGUGUUUGAGGCUACUCUCGGCGCCGUAUAUCUGGAAAACCCGGGCGAUCUACAAAAAGCUCGCUCGAUUUUAGAACGUCUCCUCUUUCCGCGACUCACAGAGGCCAUCCGACGUCGUCAGUGGAUGAAUCCGCGCAAGGUUUUUAUGCAUUACAUUACUCAGUGGGGUUACUCAAGUACACGGCAGAUUUCGUGUCAGUUUAAGAAGUUAAAAGUACCCAAUACUGCCACUGAACCAGGCGUCUUCGUGCCCAAGGGCACUGACGACGAUGCAACAAACGGAAACAGUAAAAGAAAAAAAGCUAAGGCAAUUGAACCUUCUGGACACGCAGUGGCUCUCUACGUGAACAAUUUUCAGAUAUCUCGUGCGGUUGGACGCACCAUUGUCGCCGCUCAAGACGCAGCUUGCAAGAAAGCUUUAACGCUCUACGGCGUCAAGAUUUACGACGAUUAA